GAAUGACAGGCAGCACCUGAAGCCACGCAGCCGCCGCCAUCUUCACAUCCAUGGAGCGCCUACCGAAAGCAUUUCACCGUCUUCCGGUUAUCCCCGCCCUCUUCCGGCUCUGCUCGGGGGGCGGGACCAUCCGGGUCCUCGAAACCUAGCGGGACUUGUUUGUUUUUCCGCCCAGGAGCCCCUCCCUCAGCCAGUCGUCGGGUCUCUUGUGAGGUUUAGACUAGAAAACGAAGGCGUCGUCGCGUAGUAACCUGGUCACCUUGGAGCGUUAAGAUAUUAACCAAAAGUCACCUCCACAUAGGUCGGCUCUUCUCUCUCCGUAACCUUAAAGGGUCUGGGGAUUAAGCAAGUACCUCGUGUAGCGUUUGGCUCUUUCCUCUUUUUCGCCCCCGCUUCUCAUACCUCUUAAGUCCAAGUCAGACGCUGGGUCCAGAAGUCUGGGAAAGCCGUAAGUCUGACUGCCUCUUUGGCGUGUAAUAGUUCUCGGUUUCUGGAGGUAUUUAAGCAAAGACUGGAAUUUGGCAGUGGUGGAGUAUCAGCACUUUCUAGAUUGUAUCUACUGUACUAGAUAAGCCCUUUAAAAAAAAAAAAAACAAAAAAAACGUUGUAGCCCUGAAAAGUACGAUGGUGCAGUAGAAUUUGGCUGGAGAAUAUCAACCUACAGCGCCCAGCCGUCCAGCACUUUCCAUUUAAAACUAAAAACGGAAAGAGUGGGCCAGUUUUCAAUAUCUGUGGCGCGUGGGUCACUGAAAUAAACCUGCAGAAGUUUGGCCUUGAUCAGACGAGCAGUCUCUGUGCUACCUGGUUCUCACGCUCUAGAUUUGUAUCCUCUAGAGCUUUUUGAGUACACGCCCCUCCACUACAAAGAGACAGUUGCGGUUCCUAAUGAAAGCCGUUACUUGUCGGCACUCGUAAGCAAGAAAAGUUUGUCAACUCCCCAUAUAAACGCUAGUUUGGGCCUGGAAAACCCAGGAGUACGUAUAGAUUUGCCACUUUUUAGGGACCUGGAGAGGACUCCAUUUCCCAGGAACUUGAUGGUGGUGAAGUGCUGGUUGUAAUUUAGAAAGACUGCCCAUCAGUGUUUUGAAAAGACCUCUUGGCGUUGGUUUAAGAGCUGAGAGUCGGUCCGACUGGCAGGGAAGCCAUGGAAGCUGCUGGGAAAGACGAAAUCAGUGUUGAAGAUGAAGCUGUGGAUAAAAACACUUUCAAAGACUGCAGCAAGAUUGCUUUCUACAGGCGUCAGAAACAGCAGCUCUCCACGAAGUCCAACUAUCAGGCAUUACUAGACUCCAUCACAACAGACAAAGACAGCACCAAGUUCCAAAUCAUCAAUGAAACAACUAAGGUUCCUCUUCUGGCUGAAGUUUAUGGUAUAGAGGGAAAUAUUUUCAGGCUUAAAAUCAAUGAAGCAACGCCUCUGAAACCCAGGUAUGAAGUUCCUGAUGUCAUCACAAGCAAGCCAAGCACUGUAAGGCUGAUUUCAUCCUCAGGGGAUGCAGGUAGUCUGGUAUUGGCUGACGGAAAAGGAGAUCUGAAGUGUCAUAUCACAGCAAACCCAUUCAAGGUAGAUUUAGUGUGUGAAGAAGAGGUUGUGAUGAGCAUAAAUUCCCUGGGCCAGUUGUACUUUGAGCACCUGCAGAUUCCUCUCAAGCAAAGAGCCACCAAAGAAAAUAAGGAGGACACAUCAGUUGACGCUUCUCAGGAAAACCAAGAGGAUCUAGGCUUAUGGGAGGAGAAAUUUGGAAAAUUUGUGGAUGUCAAAGUCAAUGGUCCUGCCUCCAUUGGUUUGGAUUUCUCCUUGCAUGGAUUUGAGCAUCUCUAUGGGAUCCCACAACAUGCAGAAUCACACCUACUUAAAAAUACCAGUGAUGGUGAUGCUUACCGUCUUUAUAACCUGGAUGUCUAUGGAUAUAAAAUACAUGACAAAAUGGGCAUUUAUGGUUCAGUGCCUUAUCUCCUGGCCCACAAACUAGGCAGGACUCUAGGCAUUUUUUGGCUGAAUGCAUCAGAAACACUAGUGGAGAUCAAUACAGAGCCUGCAGUAAAGUACACACUGACCCAGAUGGGCCCCAUUGCAGCUAAACAAAAGGUCAGAUCUCGAACUGAUGUGCACUGGAUGUCAGAGAGUGGAAUCAUUGAUGUUUUUCUGCUGACAGGACCUACACCUUCUGAUGUCUUCAAGCAGUACUCAUACCUUACAGGCACACAAGCCAUGCCCCCUCUCUUCUCCCUGGGGUACCAUCAGUGCCGCUGGAACUAUGAGGAUGAGCAGGAUGUAAGAGCAGUGGAUGCAGGAUUUGAUGAGCAUGACAUUCCUUACGAUGUCAUGUGGCUGGACAUAGAGCAUACUGAGGGCAAAAGGUACUUCACCUGGGACAAGAAAAGAUUCCCAAACCCCAAAAGGAUGCAAGAGCUCCUCAGAAACAAAAAACGUAAGCUUGUGGUCAUCAGUGACCCCCAUAUCAAGAUUGAUCCAGACUACUCAGUGUAUGCUGAGGCCAAAGAACGGGGUUUCUUUGUGAGGAAUCAUGAAGGAGGAGACUUUGAAGGGGUAUGCUGGCCUGGUCUCUCCUCUUACCUGGAUUUCACCAAUCCCAAGGUCAGAGAGUGGUAUUCAAGUCUUUUCACUUUCUCUGCUUAUCAGGGGUCUACUGACAUCCUCUACAUAUGGAAUGACAUGAAUGAGCCCUCUGUCUUUAGAGGUCCAGAGCUAACCAUGCAGAAGAAUGCCAUUCAUCAUGGCAAUUGGGAGCACAGGGAACUUCACAAUAUCUAUGGUUUUUAUCAGCAAAUGGCUACCGCAGAAGGACUGAUACAGCGAUCUAAAGGAAAGGAGAGACCUUUUGUUCUUACACGUUCUUUCUUUGCUGGAUCACAAAAGUAUGGUGCUGUGUGGACAGGUGACAACACGGCAGAAUGGAGCUACCUGAAAAUUUCUAUCCCUAUGUUACUCACCCUCAGCGUUACUGGGAUCUCUUUCUGUGGAGCUGAUGUAGGUGGCUUCAUUGGGAAUCCAGAAGCAGAGCUGCUAGUGCGUUGGUACCAGGCUGGAGCCUACCAGCCCUUCUUCCGGGGCCACGCAACCAUGAACACCAAGCGGCGGGAACCCUGGCUCUUUGGGGAGGAACACACCCGAGUCAUCCGAGAAGCCAUCAGACAGCGCUACAUCCUUCUACCCUAUUGGUAUUCUCUGUUCUACCGUGCACACGUGGCUGCCGAACCUGUCAUGAGGCCUCUAUGGACAGAGUUCCCAGAGGAAUUAAACACUUUUGGUGUGGAAGAUGAAUACAUGCUAGGAAGUGCUUUAUUGGUUCAUCCAGUCACAGAACCAAAAGCCACCACAGUCAGUGUGUUUCUGCCAGGAUCAAAUGAGGUCUGGUAUGACUCUAACACAGGUGCUCAUUGGGAAGGAGCAUGUACUGUGAAGAUGCCAGUAACCUUGGACACCAUACCAGUGUUUCAACGAGGUGGAAGUAUAGUACCAAUAAAGACGAGUAUAGGAAAAUCCACAGGCUACAUGACUGAUUCCCCAUAUGGACUCCAAGUGGCUCUCAGCACUAAGGGUUCUGCCAUGGGUGAAUUCUAUCUUGAUGAUGGCCAUUCAUUCCAGUACCUCCACCAGAAGCAAUUCUUGCAUAGGAAGUUUUCAUUCCUGUCAGGUGUUUUGGUCAACAGUUGUGCCGACAAAAGAAGUCAUUAUCCCAGCAAGUGUGUGGUGGAGCGGAUCUUCGUCCUAGGCCUCAAGAAGCAGCCAUCUUCUGUGACUACCCAUUCAUGUGAUGGUAAAGAUGAGCCUGUGGUUUUUACAUAUUGUGCCACAACGUCCACCCUCAGCCUGGAGAAGCUGUCACUGAACAUCGGCGCUGACUGGGAGGUCCACGUCAAAUGACAGUGAUGUGCAUCCAGUGACGGGCACAGGAAGCAGCCUUUCCCUUGGCCUUUUCUGAGAUUUGUGCUGCUUGCUAAUUGACUUCUCCAGCUGAAAGCUAGCUUUCAUUAGGCACCACUUUACUCAUGAAAACAGAUUUCAGGUUUUACAUUCUUAGAGGUACUAGGAUUACUUUUUGUGUCAAACACCACCUCUUCUCCUAGAUACAGGUAGUCCUGAGACAUUUAUAGAGUUCA